CAAAGAAUUUGAAGACUGGGCAUGUGAGAUAUUAAAUUUGUGGCACUUCAAGGAUAUUGGAGUAACCAGAAAAUGAGAGGAAAUUAAGGCCUUAAAGACAAUGACACCAAACAAGAGUCCAGACACUUCCCUCAUCGACCUGGCUGUGAAGAUGAGGAAACAGGCUGAGAGCAGGAAGGUGGUGCUGGCCUGGGGACUGCUCAAUAUAUCUGUAGCAGGCAUGAUCUACACUGAAAUGACUGGGAAGCUCCUAAGCACAUAUUACAACAUCACCUGCUUUCCUCUCUGGUACAUUGAAUUUGCCCUGGCAGCCCUGUUCAGCCUCAAUGCCCUGUUUGAUUUCUGGAGAUACUUCACCUACACAGCAGCACCAAGCAGCCUGGUCACGAGUCCCAGCCAGCAGAUCAUGGGCUGGCUGCGCAAGGCAGCUGUCCAAAUCACCCCUCCACGGGAGGCAGCAGCCAAGAGAGUUCUGUCCCUGACACCAUCACCACCCAUCCAGGGCCAGUGUGUGCUGAGCUACAGCCCCUCCCGUUCACCCAGUGCCAGCCCCAAGUUCUCUGGGAGCUGCCUCAGUGGCUACAGCCCCCAGCUCCAGGCUCUGGCAGGGGCCAGCCCCUCUCACAGCACCUCUGUCACCUACUCACCCAGCAGCAGCUACAGCAAGGUUUCCAGCUUCAGCCACUCUCCCAAUGGAUCUCCCUAUUCCAUGAGUGUGGGGCCUGUGGACAGCAGUGGGAUGAGGUCUCACUACAGAUUCUCCCCUAUUCGUUACAACAAUUCCACCUACAAAGAUGAAUGCAUCACUGAUGUCAAAUCCCUGGACACCUUCCUGAGGAACGAGGAGGAGAAGCAGCACCGAGUUCAGUUAGGAAGCUCAGAUUCCAGCUCUCCCUCCAGCAGCCCGACGUUUUGGAACUACAGCCGGUCUAUGGCAGACCACGCACAGAUCCUGAGGAAGUUCCAGUACCAGCUGGCCUGCAGGUCCCAGGCUCCCUCUGCACACAAGGAUGAAGCUGAUCUCAGCUCCAAACAGGCUGCAGAAGAGGUGUGGGCACGGGUGACAAUGAACAGGCAGCUCCUGGAUCACAUGGAUUCCUGGACAGCCAAAUUCAGGAAUUGGAUCAAUGACACCAUCCUGGUGCCACUUGUGGAAGAGAUGGAAUCUGUGAGCACUCAGCUGAGGAGGAUGGGCUGUCCAGAACUGCAGAUUGGAGAAGCCAGCAUCAGCAGCCUCAAACAGGCAGCCCUGGUGAAAGCCCCGCUCAUCCCCACCCUCAACGCCCUGGUGCAGUACUUGGAUCUCAGCCCCAACCAGGAAUAUUUGGUGGAAAGGAUCCGAGAGCUCUCGCAGGGAGGAUGCAUGAGCUCCUUCCGGUGGAAUGGAGGAGGCGACUUCAAGGGCAGGAAAUGGGACACGGACCUUCCCACCGACUCCUCGAUCCUGAUGCACGUGUUCUGCACUUACCUGGACUCCAGGCUCCCUCCUCACCCCAAGUAUCCUGAUGGAAAAACCUUCACUUCCCAACACUUCAUCCAGACUCCAGAUAAACCAGACACCUCAAACGAAAACGUGUUCUGCAUCUACCAGAGCAGCAUCAACCCACCCCACUACGAGCUGAUCUAUGAGUGCCACGUCUACAGCCUGCCCAAGGGCAGGAACAACAUGUUCCACACCUUGCUGAUGUUCCUGUACAUCAUAAAGACGAAGGAAUCUGGGAUGUUGGGGCGUGUAAAUCUGGGUUUAUCAGGAGUCAACGUCCUGUGGAUCUUUGGGGAAUGAU